AUGGCAUCCCGUCCCUUCGUCAGGAAUUUGACCUUCCAGUCCAACAACCUCGGAAAGGAGGUCACUAUCAUGCUCGCUUGGAGCCCCAACCUGGAUGGCCUCUACCAGGACGUCUUCCCGAUAGUUUGGAAGGUCACCAAAUUCGGGAAGGAUGGUCCAUACAGGGCUACCGCGACCUACACGUCCCAACUUGCUUUCUCCAGAGUCCAGGUCGAGUCCGGGAAGGUCAUCAGCGCUGCAACCUCCGUCAAUAUUAAUCCCCCUGAGUCGGGACCCGCUGGCAUCCUGCAGGCCCAGAACCACACUGGUGCUAUUCAAGAAAUCGCAGUCGGCUUCGUAAACAAAGGAGACUUUAUGCCCACUCCCGUACUCUACUUCAACGAUGUUGGAGAUGGCAGUCGCGUCACGGCGAAGUACACUCCGGUCCUGCGUGCCUACAUUACAGCGGACUAUGAAGAGACCGCGAUCUUACGAGGCCAAGUCGACACUCCUGCGAUCUGGUCGCAGGACCUCACUGGACUUGCUCAGAACACAACUUGGAACCUCGCGCGCGACCCGAACACUGGACGUUACACACUCACCCAUGCUUAAUUGAGGAAUGCGAC